AUGCUGCUUGCCCUGCUAUGCUUGGUCCUCCUUGCACCUGCCAGCGCGUUCGCUCCAGCAUUGAACAGCAUCGGUCAAGGAGCACAGCUGAACGGCAUCUGUGGCAUGUCACGAACUGCGAAGCCAUGCCGAGCUAGAUUGUGUGGCUUGAGGAUGAACAACAAGGAUACAGUUACAAUCUCAACCUCGUCUCUGAUCAAAAUCACAGAUGAGAGCAAGACAUUCAUCGACAAGGUCGCAUCCCGUGGUAUCUGGCAGGGCGAUCUACCGGAUGAGGCUCAGGAAGCGCUUGCCCGCGUUGGAUGGGUGGAAGACAACAAGGGAGGAGACGAAGAGAGAAUCGCACGCGAGGACAUCGAGAAGAUUGUAGAAAGAGUUACUGCAGAGGAGACGUUUGCAGACGAGAGGUCGAAGUUGAUGUUCAUGGAGGAUACUCGCGAAAAGAUUCUCAAGGAGGUUAUCCGUCAAGAGCUCAAGGCGGAGUAUGGAGUAGAGCUUGAGGAUCUGCUUAAUCCUAUCAAGUCGUUCAAGGCCUCAUAA